AUGGAACAUCGCCCAUCCUCAUCGCUCUACGACGAUCACGUUCGUCCAGGGAGUUUACAGGGCUCAUCAUCGUCGCCCUCCGGGUCGCAGGCACACCGAAAACAAAAGGCCGAAAGUGAAACCCCGGACCAGGCACUCCAAUAUGCCACAAAAGAAAAAAUAUUGUCAUCUUUGUUUCCUCCGUCGAACGAUGCUUCCAAAUGGAAAUACGAUCUUGUGGUUGCUCAACAACCUGUUCGGGCGCGUAUGUGUGGAUUCGGUGAAAAGGAUCGCAGGUCCAUAUCGCCCCUACCAUUUGUCAGGCUAGACAUCACGGAGGGUGGCCUUCCCGUCAACACUGAUGAACUGGAUCCUGGGUUUUUCGUCCUUAGCGCGACACUGUACGAAUACAAGACGAACCAAGAUGCGUCAUUGGUGAUUCAUCCGACUUCCAACACCAGUUUCCCCCGUCAAUCAUGCACCAAGAAUCUCGUGGGUAAUAGUUACGCCCAUGGAAAAAGACUCAAAGAUCUCGAUGGACGUUGGGGAAUCUGGUUCGUCUAUCAGGAUCUAAGCGUCCGAACGGAUGGAAAUUUUUAUUUGAAAUUCGCCCUAACCUAUGUCGGAUGGUGA